CGGAAACCGAACAGGCCCCGCCCACUCGUCUUCCCUUGUCAACACGGGCUGGCCAGGCUCAGAAAGACUGGUUGUCACUAUCGGGGACAACAUUUGAAAUGCUCUGUUUUGGUGUUGACGAAUUCUCUUCGUCCAGAUGAAGGUGAUCCAGCACUCUGUGGAGACACUGCACACAGCUUUGAUCUCCAGCCACACAGACUUGGCUAAACAUUAUAGCAAGUACUCCAAAAAAGAAAGGCGUUUUUUGGAGGACGGGCUUCGUUUAGGGGGUCCCGGCUUCAGCCCGUUCCAGCCCAUUACAGUGCACUCUGACUCAGACUGGAUCCCCUGUCACCCUGAGGAGCCCCAGGACUUCCAGAGCUUCUACCGCGCCCCUUAUCGCAAGAUCCCAUCCACAUGCCACAACACCAUUUACAUUCAGCCCAUAGGUUCCUUUGGGGAGGUGAAGGCCCAGACAGACCAGUAUGUGGAGUGGCUCACAGAAUACUGUCAGGCCUUCUUCUUGGGCCUUGCUGUCAAGCUGCUGCCGCCGGUUACUGUGGCAGAAACAGGAUGUUCUUUCAGAGUUAACAGCAACUCACACAACCUGCAGAUCCUCACUAGUGACCUGCUGCGAUUUCUGGAGAAAAGGAAGCCGAAAGAUGCCUUUUGUAUAGUUGGAUUCACAAUGAUCGACCUCUACCCAAGAGACUCCUGGAACUUUGUUUUUGGACAGGCUUCACUCACCAGGGGAAUGGGCGUUUUCAGCUUUGCCAGGUACGAUGACAACUUCUACAGCAGAGCUUACGCCGGGAGAGUCAAGAAACAGCUCCAGCUGAAGCGAGGAGACUAUUCUGUGUUUGAAGGCUAUUACACUCCCCCCAUCAGCAGCACGCUGCUGCUCCGCUCCUGCAAGACAAUGACCCAUGAGAUCUGCCACAUGUUUGGGAUGCAGCACUGCCAGUGGGUGAGCUGUGUCAUGCAGGGCUCCAACCACCUGGAGGAGUCGGACCGCCGGCCCCUGCACCUCUGUCCCAUCUGCCUCCGCAAGCUACAGUCCUCAAUCUUCUUCAACAUAGCUGACAGAUAUAAGGCUUUGCUGCACUGGAUGGAUGACGGCCGGAGUGAAAGGUCUUCCACUGCCUCUCAGUCUCUGCCUCACUUCCCCAAACCUCUUCAGGCCUUUGACACACCCAGACUGUGGCUCCGCAGAUGCCUGGACAUCCUGGAAGAUGAUAAACGAUAGUAACGGCCCAUAAGUCUGAUUAUGAACACGGAGGAGAAUGAGAUGUUGCUUUCCUAAUUUUCUUGCAGGGAUCAGUACAGUAUCUAUGUUGUAAUGCACUUAGCUCUCAACAAGUCUGUAGCUUCUGUGGAUGCUACCGCGCUAUUUAAUCAGUAAAAUAGUUUCAUUACUUAAAAGCUGUUUGAUUUAGAAAACAGCAACAUUACAGCCAUGCUACUGAGAAAUGUAGUUAAACUACUAAUGUCGCUACUUGUUACAAGUAGUGACGUUACUAGUUUAACAAUACAGGCUAUGAUACAAGUAACUUGUAUCAGCGCUACUGCCCUACACUGUGGUUAGGUAAAGUUAUAUGUCAGGAAGCAGACUUUGUAUGCUGGAUUAUUAGGUAUACUGGCAAAUGUGUAAAUUAAGGGGGGCUGGAGU